AUGAAACCUUUUUUUUCGGCCAAGCCGUUCCUCCCUAUGCAAUCCCACGGUUCGCACCUGCUUCAGAAGCGAAACCCAACAGCCGCUCCGGCUUCUCCUCACACCCGUCAGUCUAACCCCGGCGACCAGCUCACCGAAUCCUUUCGAGGCGCCUCAAAAGUCACAUCCUUUCCGUCCGAUCUUCCCCGCGUGUCCCAUUGUCCCCCCAUCCCCGUGCACGCUCUGUGCGUCGCCACAGCGCCAGCUCUGCAGGCUAUCCAGGAUAGCUGGGGGAUGACCAUACAAGGAUGGACCAAGGACGGCUCCUGCGAUAAGGCCUUGGGGUUGACGUGCAGUGCGAGCGGCAUGGUGGAGGACAUAUCCCUGACGCAAUCGGACAGCUCUGCAGGCUUCGCCACACAGACUCUCCCGCUAGCACUUUUCAACCUCACCUCUCUCACACGCCUGAGACUCAUUCACUUCAACUUUCAAGGGUCCAUCCCUGAAGCCUUGGGAAACCUCCUUCAUCUACAAGUCCUGGCGUUGUACAACAACAACCUCACAGGGCCGCUGCCAGCAUCGCUCACCAAUCUCGACAGGCUCAGCAUACUGCAGAUGGACUUCAACCGGAUCACGAGCCCUAUUCCGGAGCUCGCCCCAACCAUGGAACACCUGAACCUGCAGCACAACUGCCUCACAGGCACCAUGCCCGACUGGCUCUCCAAAUUGAAAGGCCUUCAGAACCUGAGCCUGAACAACAACAACCUCACGGGAACCCUUCCAGACGGGAUUGCCCAGCUACGUAGCCUCACCACGCUGAGGUUGAACACGAACGAGCUGAGUGGAUUGGUUCCAACAUUCCUGGGGGAUCUCCGCGCUCUCAAGGACCUCACGCUGCAAGGCAACCAGCUGAGCGGCACCAUACCAGCCACCCUUGGAGGGCUUGAUGCACUCAAAGACUUCCAGGUCCCGGAGAACCUGGCAUGCCCGGACAACAGCACGUGGUGUGUGGUGCCACAGACCAACACCACAGCCUUCUGCAGCCACUGCAGCGGCUUCUGUGCCACUUGCUCCCUGGAAGCUCCUCCCUCGCCGCCGGUGGACCGUUGCGCAGGCGUUGUGUGCUCGGGAAAUUUCAUGGUGUUACAGAUGUCGUCAAAGCACCACCCGCACCUGGUGCGCCUUCUGGGCUUCGCCAUGGGUGGCAAUGUGCGGUCGCAGAUAGAGCAGGUGCUCAUCUACGAGCUCAUGCCCCAUGGGGACCUGCACAAGUGGAUGGGCCGAGUCAUGAGUGGGCGAGAAGCAACAUUUAUGGAAGCCAAGCAGCAGCAACACAUUCUCUUCUGGGUGCAAAAACUAGUGACAGAGAACAAGAUGGAGUGCAUUGCAGACCCUGGUAUGGAGGCGCCACAUAAUGCUGGUUACAGGCCUGACAUUUCUGUCGAGGGAGCAGAGGGCGUGGAGGCGAUGAUAGUAUGCGUGGGCAUCGUGGGCCAGGCGAACAACCCGCUGUACCUGCAGAGCUUUCUGGAGGCGGACGAUCCGCUCAAGUUCCACUUCAUAGUGCACUGCUCGCUCGACGUCAUCGAUGAGCGCGUGUCGACACCCCGCAGAGGAGGCGCCAACGAGCCAUAUCUAGGCUUGCUUUAUCCCACAGAAGACUUUAGAGUGUACGGCUAUGUGAGCAACACGCAGAUUAAGUUCAUAAUAGUUGUCGAUGGUCUUGAUCUGAGGGAGAGCGACAUAAGAAAUUUCUUCAAGCGGCUUCAUUCUGCAUAUGUUGAUGCCACCUCAAAUCCCUUCCACGUUCCCGGGAAGCGCAUCUCUUCACCUGCUUUUGCAGAAAGAGUUGGGGCGCUAGUGCAUUCAGUGUCUCCUCCUAAAGCAACUUAG